GCCGUCGUCAUCACAGCCUUACCCUUACAACAGCGACGCGCCGUCUUCUCUACGGCGGAGGAGAAGCAACACUUCCUUACCUCCUGAUUCUUCUCUCAAAGCAAAAUCAGAUUUCAUCUCCGAUGAAGCGGCCAAUGCCAUGGAAUGAGGAGGAUGAUGACUCCUCAUCGUCUGAUGAGUCCUCGUCGUCGACUUCUGACACCGAAACUGACAAGAUCAAGUCCAGAAAGUCUCAAGCCAAGUCUGGAAAGCAAAAGAGUGGUGCUGUGGACUUUGAGGCAUUGAAGCAACAUGGCUAUAAAGGAGGGUUAUCUGUUCUGGGUGUGCCUCCACCAAAAGAGAAGCCAGACUGGUCUUGGUCUACUGGCAGGGAAGGUCGUGAAACCAGGGAGGUUGAAGAAUCAAAUGAAGAACGGCAGAAAACAAGAGAGACAAUAUUGGCAGCAGAGCAGCUGGUAAAUGUGCAAACUCGGAAAGAGAAAAAGAAUCAAUCAUUCUCUCAGAAAGAGAAGAGGAAAAGAGAACUUGGUCAGGCUAGUAGGGGGAAGAAUUAUGUUGAAGAAGAGAAGAGGUUGUUACGAGAUAGUGGAAUCUAUUCUGGUUUUGAUUCUUGAUCCAUGAUUCUUGACCAGAGAAUAGAAUAUCUGAAUAUAUAUCAAAGCUUUAUUACCUGUUGGCUUCUAUUGCACUAGAUAUUAUGUGAAAGAUCCACGGUUGUUGUAUUGAACGGAUGCUUAUGCGAUGUGAUUAGAAAACAAUGUGUUUGCUCAAAUUACCUAAAUUGGCAACUUUGGUUCUUGUCAUUUUGUUUUGAUUCAAUGGUCCUGCAAGGUAGAGCAAUUGAUGAUGCCAACAUAAACAGACUGCAGUAAG